AGUUUUGUUUUUAUAUUUCAGAUUACAAGGUGUAGCAAAAAUCAUGACCAAAAAUGUGACAAUUAUGCAGUAUAUAGAUCUAUAAACUAUACAAGCAUUAAUUCUGCAGGAAAUUUCCACUUCGGGCCUGUUAUUUCGAGUCAAAUUGUCACCACAUACUUAAGAAAAUGGGGACAUAAUUUCGGUGGAGACAUUGUGCGUUUAUGAAUUAUACACAGAGUGUUCUUAAAUAGUUGUACUGGAAGUACAGUGGUACUGUAAGUACAAACAGUUAUGCGGAAGAUUAAAUCUGAACGGGAUUUUUAAUUUGUAUACAAUAAUAACAUAUUUUUUGGCAUGUUUUUGAAAAAAUAUUAUUAAGACUCAGUCUCAGACCUUUUCAAGUGAUAUUGUGAUAAAAAAAAUAACCUAUUCAGUGUAAACUAAUACAAAAGUGGUGCAUAUAAUUUCUGUAGAAUUUUAAUCAGCACGAUAAUUACCUAUGAUAUAGUAAUAACUGAGAACAGAGAAAAUGAGUCAAGAGUGGCUGUAACAAGUUGGCAGAACUUACCUUGAAGUUUUACAAGAGAGAGAGUGUCUAAUAAGGCAUGGAAUCAAGAGAGAGAAUGCUGUAAUUAUUUUGGAGAGUUUUUAUGCUGAUGAAAAGGUGUUAAUUGUUUGGCGGAAAUUGUUUAUCUGUGUCAAAAAGGAUAGGUUCAUCAACUAAGAAAGAAAAAGGGAGAUUUACUAUGCUGGUUUUACUGUUUACUGUGGUUAUUGCUGGUUGCUAUGGUAAUGGAGUGGAGGUUGAUUACCAAGAUCCCGAUAAUCAAAGGUUUAUAUAUGAUGUAAGGUUAAAUCAUGAACAUGAUAUUCACAAGCGCAGCCCUAGUCAACCUUUAAAGAUUCACCUAUAUUUUGACAGUAGCAUAAAUAGACUUCCACUUGAACAUCAAAGACUCAUAAAGGGAAAAGUUCAUGAUGCUGUUGCAUUCUGGGAAGAUACUUUAAUGGUGUAUCCAACUAGUGCUAAUAUACUUUUAAACAGGCGAUGUAAGACAGAUACUGUAAGAUAUUAUGAUGGGGUACGUUACUGCUCAGACGGCUGUGCUACAGAGACAAGAUGUGGUGAUAUAAGGGUGCCAACCUCACAUCUACGGAGUUGUGAGUGGUAUGAUCGUAUCGGGAACGAGUACUAUUCUCCACCAGACACCAUGCCAGGUGUGAACGCUAGCUUUAUUCUCUAUGUGGCAGCACUGUCCUCCGACAAAUGUUCCUGGCAGAAAACUGUCGCCUUUGCUGCACAUUGUCAACAAGAACAGCAACUUGAUCGACCAGUGGCUGGUUAUUUCAGUAUAUGUCCAAGAAGUGUGUCAACCAGUAUACAUAAACAUGAGGAACUUCUUUACACAAUAAAACAUGAGAUUCUUCAUGCAUUAGGGUUUACUGCUGGUCUGUACGCCUUUUAUCGUGACAAAUGGGGCCGACCUCUAACAGAGAGAGACAGACUGACUGGCAAACCUCUCGUGUUUGAUAGAAAUGCAGGAAUGUACAUGUGGAGUGACCGUGUAGUCAAACAGUUCAGUAGAUAUAAUUGGAAACUAAAGGGGCGGACCAUAGAGAAGAAAGUCAACAUGAUAAUUACACCAAAUGUUGUUAGAGAGGUCCGUGCUCAUUUUCAAUGUGAUACAUUGGAGGGAGGAGAAUUGGAAGAUCAAGGGGGCAUAAAUGGAACAGCUGUCACACAUUGGGAGAAAAGGGUGUUUGAGAAUGAAUUUAUGACAGGGACAUAUACACAGAAUCCUGUUAUAUCAAGAAUAAGUUUGGCAUUGAUGGAAGAUACAGGUUGGUACAGUGUUAAGUACAGCAAUGCCAAAACUCUGGAAUGGGGUAAGAACCUUGGUUGUGACUUUGCUACAAAGAGUUGUUAUGAAUGGAUGGAGACAAAAUUAAGCAAGAAUGAAGAUAUUCAUCCAUUCUGUAUAGAGGCAACAAGAGGGCAACCAGUGACUGAUUGUUCCAGGAAUAGAAAGGCUGUGGCUAUAUGUAAUCUCUCAGAAUUUAAUAAAAAUCUGCCUUCACAAUAUCAGUAUUUCAGUUCUAUACCUGGGGUUCCGUACUCUGAAACAGGGAGAUUUGGAGGCAGUGUAGCCCUGGCAGAUUACUGUCCAUAUCUGCAGGAGUUUGUCUGGAAACAAGAUAGUGACUUCAUCAGGGGAUCACGAUGUGCCUUAGUACAAAACACCCUAGAACCUAGCCAGAACUAUUUACUGGAAAAAUAUAGUCCGAGAUCUAAGUGUUUCAAUCAUGCAAGCGGAUGGGCGUUACGGCAGUGCAAUAAUAUUUUCACGCCUCACUCAGGGAGCGGAUGCUACGAGUAUUCGUGUAGUUCAGAAACUGGGUUGACUAUAUACGUCAUGGAGAGAGAAUACAGGUGUUAUUAUCCCGGACAAAUGUUGACUAUACAAUAUACAGAUCACCAGUGGUUGUAUUUAGGGAACAUCACAUGUCCAUCUUGUGUUGAAAUAUGUCAGGACCAAGGUGUUCAAUGUCCCCCUAUGGACAGAAGUGUUUACAGAGUUCAUCAAGAACCUACAUAUCGUGUUCCAUGCAGCGAAGCAAUAAAUCUCAGUGCCAAAUAUUGUUUUUCUUUAUCAAUGACUACUAUAUUUAUAUGUUUAUUAUUAUCUAUAGAAAAGUUUGACUUGUAUUUUUUAUAAAAAUACUUGUAUUUUUUAUUAGAAUUGAUUUAAAUAGGCUUUUAUUAUUAGUAAUGCUUGGUUGCUUACAAAUAUCAUCUGUUAAAAAUCAUUCCAUUUAUUUACCAUGUAAAGUUAUAUUUUUAAAGUCAAGUGAUAAAGUGAAUACCUCCGUAUCUUCAAAGUCACAAUUUUAAUCUGCUAAGUGUUAUUUUGGGUGUUUUUUUUUGUUUCUUGUUUUGCCAGAAAGAUUAUUGUAAAAAUAUCCGACAGUUAACUACUUAUUCUAUGGGUUAUCCUUGACAUAAAAAAGUACAAUCAUAUCUAUGACAAAAUUUCCACAAAAAUCAUUAUAGUGAAUCUUAUCUAUUGUGUCUAAGGCAAAAUGGCAUUGUGACUCAUUUACUGUGGCUAAAUCGCUACUAGUAAGGUUAUUACAUAUUGCAGGAACUAAAGAUUUUAGCAAGUUUAGCUCGAGUUUUAUUGAAUUAAUGCAAAAAAUGUCAUAUAUUAUAUACAUAUAUAACAUUAUCUUCUUUAUAUGAAAAGUUUAACUAGAUGGAUAAACUUACAGGAGUCUCCAUGGUUACCAUGUCCUGUGUUUUUGAUGUAUUAGUGGUAUUGUUAAUGGCCGUUUUGUUACAUUUUAUAAUCAUUUGGCUAUAGCAAAGAUUUAAUGCACCACUUUUAAAUAACAUGAACCUAUGCUUUGACGAUAUAUUCUUGUCAGUCUACAUAUGCAGUAGAAUCAGACACCAAAUUGUCGACUGACCAAUUAAAAUUCAAGUAUUUGAUGCCAAAAUUCCCCGGCUCAAACUCAUAAUCUCUUGAAUAAUUUUGCAUGAGCCCUUGAAGUUCAAGGAAUUUGAGGAAGAACAAUAUACAUUGAUAUUAUAUAGGGACUUUUCUCAUAUAUGAGCAAAGGGAAAUUUCUCUCAAACAAAUUUGCAUGGGCCCUGAGAGUUCAAGGAAUUUGAGGUAGAACAAUUUACAUGUAUUUUAUUUAGGGAUUUUUCUGGUAUAUGACGGCGAGUUCAAGCAAAGGAAGGUUGUUGACUCAAAUGAGGUGUUUAAGCAAUCUGAGUAUGAGUGAACAAAGUUUAGAACUCUUAAUGAAUUGUUUUAAAUUCAAACCAGGGCAAGUCUAUUAUUAUGAAAAUUAGCCAGAUUAAGUAACAAAGGUCAUGUUUCUACAGAAAUGCAUUGAAAUUUCAGUUUGCUUUUGUUACGUUUCAACAUUCCAUCAUUUUGUUUUAAAGAUCUCUGUUUUUAAAAAGCUUGUUUUUGUUAGAGUAUACAUGUAUAUUGCUUAGGAAAAUAUUCUUUGUUUUUAGUUUUGUAGAAUCUUUCAGGAAUUUGUAAUAAGACACUUUUUAAGUGUUGUUUAAGUACAUGUAUGUAUGGUCAUUCAAACUUUCUUAAAGUAUGAAACCAUUUAACUGAUUUAUUUUAAAAUUAAAUAUUUCAAGAUAAUCAGUAACUGCAACUUUUUCAUGAGGCUUUAUUUUUAAAGGCUUCAAAAAUAAAUGUUUAUUUUGUUGUUGUUGUUUUGUUUUUAAAGGACAUCACAAAAAAUUUUUUUUAUUCAUUUUUAUAUAUUUAUAUAUUUGUUUAAAGCAUUAACACAGACGGACAAAAAAUAUAUCUUAGUUUGUUGGUUUUUUUGUUAGCUGAUAUUGUUAUGCUUAGUUAAAUUCAGUAUACAUUUCAUAUAUUUAUAUGUAUUCUUCAGUGCUUGUUUUAAUUAUGUUGUUUUUGUUUUUUUAAGGAAAAUUCAUUUAUCAAUUAAGAGCUAUCAUUGAUUCAGUGCCAAGAAUAUUAGUGAUAUAUCGAUAUAGGUUGUCAAAUAUUGAUGAUACACCAAUAUAUUACUAAUUACUUAUAAUUGCUUGUCCGUAAAUUACUUUUAUACCUGUUUAAAUGAUUUCAGUAACGAUGUUCUGUUCAUGCAAUUAUGAUGUGUCUUGUUUAUAAAUACCCAUCGCAUGAUUUUUUUCCCCAUCAUUGCUAUGAAAUAUUUCCAUUAUGUAAUAAAAGGACAGUGUAAGACACGGACGUUUUUGGCGAUCAACAAAAAAUAUCGACACAUCAAUAUCAUUCUGUCAAUGACAGCUCUGUGUGUGUAUCAUUCCCAAGUGAUUUACAAAUUUACCUCUGGGUUUGAAUCUCAGUAUUUAGAAACUCUUUUAUUUAAUAAAGCUAAUCAGCUUGUAUAUGAAAGGUUGGUGGUUCUUUGAUGGUGCUUUCCUUUGCAGGUUUUAAUGCAAAGAAGAGCACCUGAGAUUGGCCUCCACUCAGAAAGCUGGAAAGUCAUUUCUUAUA